CGCUCCCCUUAGCCUCUGAUCUGCCAUCAAGAUGCAGACAAAGCAAAACGCGCGCAGAUAUCCCCACGCCAGUUUCAGAUUGUCUUCUGAAGUAAAGAGUUUAACAAGAUGCUACCACUGGAAUUCGUCGUCAAAAUGUUAGAGAGCCUUCCUUUGGUGUGCUCGGAAGAGGACUAUUCACGUCAAAAAGAGAACGUAGCCGAACUGGAACUCGGUAAGGCAGCUGAAAGUGAUUUGGACCAAUUCUUGUGCUUUAUGUCGGUAAUAAUGGCCGACGAUAAAAAAUUCUCUCCAGUGGCUUGUAGGAGCGCAGCACUUCAGCUCCAAUUGCAAUUGAACAUGAUAGUUUCUGUGCCGCAAAUGGAACAGCAAAAACGUUGGAGAGCCAUAGCAGCCGACGUUCGUGACAUGAUUAAACGCAACCUUCUGAUCGCUUUACCUACAACCUCGUUACGCUACUCAGUUACCGUUGUCGAGAUAAUUGCUUGCAUCGCUAUGAUAGAAAUACCGCUUAAGGAUAACUGGCCCGAUCUUGUACCGACCUUAUCCCGCAUCAUAUUUCAAUUGGACAGCGGAGGGAAAGAAUCAGCUGUGGAAGCAUUGACAUUUAUGUGUCAAAAGUUGAAAAUGGAUAGAAUGGCUGAAUAUGUUGGCAACAUAAUGGCACCUUUGCUCGUCAGCCUUCGCAUGGCUCAACUCUCAAAUAGAGCUCAACAAGUAAUCCUCAACAUCCUGCUGUGGUGUUUUGAGCCCUCCCAUGGAUAUUUCGAAAAUUCCGGGGAACACAAAAUUGUUAUGCAAGCUAUUUGCGAAGCCGCUGAAUCAUCCGAUAUUGGUACUCAGUCGAUAGCUUUGUCGUUGCUGAUCAAAGCUGCAUCUUUCUGUUAUCAACAUUUGAAAGAUUAUAUCGACGUCAUCAUCCCAAUAACCACGGCGGCAAUAAAUUCAGAAGAAGCUGAUAUUCACGUAAAGGGCCUGCAGUUUUGGAAGGUUGUUAGCCAGGUGGAAAAUCCUCGCGAUCCUGAGGGAAGGCGGAUACCCCAAACGGAACAAGGAGAGACCUCCAAUUACUUUGCAAAAAAUAACAGAAACAAAAUCGUUCCUUGCCUUUUCUCUCAAUUGGUUAGAGGAGAAAUUUUUGCCAAUUCAUCACCUGAAGAUUAUUCUGACGUGGAUAACAAUGCCUCUGCUAAAGCCGAACAGGCAUGUUACGACGCUGUUUUCAAGGGAGAUCUAACUUUGGGCGAUCUAGAAACUUCUAAUGCAACGGCGAAAAAGCUCAGUGAAAGCGAUCCGAUGUCAAAGAUUUCUUCUCAAAAGAAUCGAGGUGAAAUUUUGAAGAAUAAGCAAUCACCCGACGGUUGGACGCCACCGAGGGAGGUGAUCAUAUAUUUCAGUGAGCUAUGUGAAGAUUACCCUGAUACUAUAGAUCGUUACGUACUACCUCUCGUUGAAAGGGAAAUUCAGCAUGCAGAUUGGAGACACCGCCAUGCGGCUCUUUGGUCUAUGUUAGUUUUCCUUAAACAAAUGGACCCGAAGUAUGCAGAAAAAACCCUCAAACAUAUCUUCCCUCUGAUUCGCGGAGCGAUACGAGAUAAGGCGAGUUCAAGAAUACGCAGCACUGCUCUCUGGGUUAUCAGUUGGAUGGUGGAAAAAAAUCCAUCAUUAUUGGCGGUUCCCGCAACUUUACGAGAUCUUCAACAGCUAUUAAAUGACUUAAUUGCUUGCCUUAACGAUGACGAAGGUCGGGUGUCACCCUCAAGUUGUAUUGCUCUGACAUCAGUUGUCAAAGCCUCUCACGCACUAGCCCGACAACAAGUGGAAGGAAAUAUACGGCCACCUACCUCCACGUUGUCACCCUACUAUGACAUGAUAGCCGAUCAGCUCGUCAAGGCCGCUAACAGACGUCUAACAGCUGCUUUUGAAGCUCUUCGCCAGUUGCUGCUGAACUCUCCCGACGAUUGUUAUUGGGUCGUGUUGGAAACUAUGGACGAAUUACUCCUAUUGCUACGUAAGGUUGUCGAGCUGCCGGAUCGAGUGGGAUGUCAAUGCCACGAGGCUGUACAAAAGUUGAUAUGCGGUGUUCUACGAAGCGUUGUAGAAAUUUUGGAAUUAGGCAAAGCAACUUCAAAACAACUUUGUCACAAGUUUAUGACCCACCUGCUGAGUCUUCUAACAAAAUUUCCUUUCGGAAUGGCACGAGAGGCAGCUCUGUUGGCUGUAUUAACAAUUGCCCCAAUGCUUGACUGGGAGUUGAACCGGCAUGCAAACUCACUCGUUUCCUAUUUAACGUUAGCAAUCAGCAGCAUCCCUAAAAACGAUCCUGCUUUAUCCCUAGUCGUGGAUGCUGUUGGCACUCUUUUCUGCGUUCUAGAUUCAGAAGCAAUACCUUACGUUAGCAAACUUCUGGGACAACUGCUCAUUUUGACAGAUUCUAAUCAAAACUUACCCACAGAAAUAAAAAUACGAUGCGUAGCUGCUUUCGCCCAGAUAGCAACGGCCGUUGGUCGGACGGGGUUUCAAGUGUACAUGGCGGCCGUACUUCGCCGCUUACAUGGUUACAGCGAGCUGUCAACUGCUGAGGAAAGCCAUGUUAGCAAAGAACUCAAGGAAAAGCUACUGCAAACUUGCUUAGAAACCUAUUCCAGUCUUAUACAAUCAAUCUUAUACAGAGGAACUAUUCCGUUAACACUUGAAUUGUGUUCAAGUUCUUUGUGUCUUAAACAUAUUGCAAAACUAAUUCAGUCUCUCACUACAAACAAAAGUGAAUUAGCAGAGAAAACUCGCACAGCUAUGGCUCAUUUGAUUGGGAAUAUCUUACUUGAAUUUGGACCAAAGAAGGCAUUGGCUCAUUUACCUUUACAAGCCUCUGAAUGUAAGUCAUUGUUGGCAGAAGUUCUCUUUCACACUAAAGGAAAUGGACAAGUUGCCUCAAUAUGCAGUGCAGCUCUCAGUGAGAUAGAAAUGGAUGCAAGAAGACUGAAUUGA